AUGGCUGCCUCUCUGCAUCUGUCGCAGCUGCGAAAAUGGUUUCUAGCCUCCCCGCCUAUCGAGUUUCUGCUUUCCAACCUCCGGGAACUGUUGAUCGGCGCUGUCAAGCAGGGCCCUGUCCCACAACAUGUUGCAUUUGUGAUGGAUGGGAAUCGAAGAUUUGCUAGGAGUCACCGCAUCGAGACAGUCGAAGGUCACAAUCUGGGGUUUGAAUCACUAGCAAGAAUCCUUGAAGUGUGCUAUAAAAGCGGUGUGAAGGUGGUAACUAUAUACGCAUUCAGUAUCGAGAACUUCAAGCGCUCAAAGUUCGAAGUCGACGCAUUGAUGGAUAUUGCCAAGAUAAAGCUGUCGCAAUUAGCACAGCAUGGAGACCUCCUCGACCGCUACGGAGCUAAGGUUCGGGUCCUGGGUCGACGAGAGAUGCUCAAGCCGGACGUCCUCGCGGCUGUCGACCGGGCUGUUGAACUGACCAGUCGCAACGGAGACCGGAUUCUGAAUAUCUGCUUCCCGUAUACGUCGAGAGACGAAAUUACGUCUGCUAUCCGAGACACCGUUGUCGACUACAGCAAGCCCCUAGAUCCCGUCCGUUCCGCUCAAAGCCCGCGCACUCCCUUCUCAGAGUCUCAUAUUGCAUUCAACAUCCGCGCACAUGCUCUCAAUUCCAAAGGGCAAGAUCAAAAUAGCGACGCUGAAUCCUCUUCAUCCACGUCCUCUCAAGAAGACACCAAGCGCGAUCUCGCCCAAGAGACUAUCUACGAGUCCGCAUCCUCGUUCUCAUCCUCCACGACGCUGCAUCUCGUUUCGGGCCAGCAAGAGGCCAAUUCCGGUAAAGGCUCUGAUUUGGAGACAGCUGUGUAUGUUUCACCAGAGACUAUCACGCCCCAAACUCUUACAGACCAUAUGUUUACCAAGGAUGAUCCGCCGCUGGACCUGCUCAUUCGCACGUCCGGUGUGGAGCGCCUGAGUGAUUUUAUGCUAUGGCAAUGUCACCAGAACACAGAGAUCGUCUUUCUAGAGGUCCUGUGGCCAGAGUUCGAUCUUUGGCACUUCCUGCCUGUUCUGUGGGGCUGGCAGCGACGCAUCACCAAGAUGAGAAAGGGAAAGGCAGAGGUAGAGGAAGGACUCGAGACUGAUCUGUCCGAGGUCUCUGACGACGAUGCGAUCGCAACAGCAGCCAGCAAAGGCUCUAAAAUCAAGGCCCGGUAGCCGUCUAUAGAUGGCAGUUCCCGAGUCCUUGCUUUCCCAUUGCAACAAGUCAAUCGUUUUCGUUUCAUUUUAUAUGUAGCAACGGUGUAUGGGGUUAUGUGGACUUUUUGCUCGCGCAGGUCGGCGGUUUAUCAUUAUUAUUAUCCUUCUCAGCAUCAUCAUACCACUGCUCAAAGCAUCACUGUCAGCAAGACAACAGGGGCAUGAUUUCGUUUGUCUAACUUUUUCAUGUCGGUUCCCAGUAAUAUACUACCAGCAUGUAAAUCGAGAUCUUUUCCCUCCGAAAUCACUUUUAUCUGCUUUGUAGAUAGUCAUUCGGGCGGAUUGCGCCACAAUGAGGAAGCCGACAGUCCAAAAUUGCUAGGCGAACUUA